UGGCGGCGGGCGCAGUCGGAAGCCCGGCGCGGACGGCCGGGGACCACUGGGGACGCUGGCCCGUUUUGCACGCAGCGCGACCCCCGCACUCGUCCCCCGCCGGGGCUCGGGCCGCCCUGGCCGGGAAUGGCGGCGGCGGCCGAGCCCGGAGCCCGCGCCUGGCUUGGCGGCGGCUCCCCUCUCCUGGGCAGUCCGACCUCCAGUCCGGAGCUGGGCGCCGGAAGCCGCUCGCGAUCGGGGCCGGGGUCCGGGCCAGGGUCGGGGCCGGAGCGGGCGGGCGCCAGGCCCCCAGGCCCCGCCGCGCUGGGUCACAUCUUCAGGAAGGUGACGCUCACCAAGCCCACCUUCUGCCACCUCUGCUCCGAUUUCAUCUGGGGGCUGGCCGGCAUCCUGUGUGACGCCUGCAACUUCAUGUCCCAUGAGAAGUGCCUGAAGCACGUGAGGACGCCCUGCGCCAGCGUGGCGCCCAGCCUUGUCCACGUCCCGGUGGCCCACUGCUUCGGGCCCCGGGGGCUCUACAAGCGCAAGUUUUGCGGGGUGUGCCGAAAGGGCCUGGAGGCGCCUGGGCUUCGCUGUGAAGUGUGUGAGCUGCACGUUCACCUCGACUGUGUGCCCUUCGCCUGCAGCGACUGCCGCCAGUGCCACCGGGACGGGUACCGGGACCACGACUUGCAUCUCCACCACUGGCGGGAGGGGAACCUGCCCUCGGGCGCACGCUGCGAGGUCUGCCGGAAGACCUGCGGUUCAUCCGACGUGCUGGCCGGCUUGCGCUGCGAGUGGUGCGGCGUCCAGGCCCACUCCGUCUGCUCUACGGCUCUCGCCCCUGAGUGCACUUUCGGGCGCCUGCGCACCAUGGUCCUGCCCCCAGCGUGCGUGCGCCUACUAUCCCGCAACUUCAGCAAGAUGCACUGCUUUCGUAUCUCGGAGAGUGCGACCCCGGAGCCGGGUGAGGGAGAAGACAGCGUGGACGCGAGCGCCCCCGCCGGCCCAGGGAGAGAGUUGGUGGUGCCAGAGUCCAGCAAGCAGACCCUGAAGAUAUUUGAUGGCAACGACUCCGUGCUGCGAAACCAUUCUCGUGCCAUCACUGUCCCCCGACAGGCCAGGAACCAGGAGGUGCUGGAGGCCGCGCUGCGGGCCUAUUACAUCACGGAGGAUCCUCAGCACUUCCAGCUGCAGGCACUCCCCCAGCCUGCACAGGCUGGCGACCUCGGGGCCCUAGGGAGGUUCUGGAGUGGCGGGACGGUGGAAGAGGAGGGCAGCAGAGGCCCAGGGGCCCGAGAUGGUGCUGAGGCCUGGAUCAUUCGUGCUCGGCCCCGCACCCAGGAGGUUCUGAAGAUCUACCCUGCCUGGCUCAAGGUGGGCGUGGCCUACGUGUCCAUCCGCGUGACCCCCCAGAGCACUGCCCGGACCGUGGUGCAGGAGGUUCUUCCGCUGCUUGGCUGCCAGGACGAGGGGCCCGAGAGCUUCCAGCUGGUGGAGGCGCUCAUGGGCAGCCGGCAAGUCCAGCGCACGGUGCUGGCGGCUGAAGAGCCCUUGCUUGACCGGCUUCAUGAUAUCCGGCAGACGUCCCUGCGGCAGAUGGGCCAGACGAGGUUCUACGUGGCUGAGAACAGAGCGGUGGCCCCACGUGUCUCUCUCUUCGUGGGUGGUCUGCCUCCUGGCCUGUCCCUCCAGGAGUACAGCAGUCUGCUGGACGAGGCUGUGGCCAGCAAAGCUGGCCUGGUGUCUGUCAGCCACGUCUACUCCACGCAAGGUGCGGUGGUGCUGGAUGUGGCCUGCUUUGCGGAGGCCGAGCGGCUGUACAUGCUGGUCAGGGACACGUCUGUGCACGGCCGGCUGCUGACCGCCCUGGUGCUCCCGGAUGUGCUGCACACAAAGUUGCCCCCAGACUGCCGCCCCCUCCUCGUGUUUGUGAACCCCAAAAGUGGAGGCCUCAAGGGCCGGGACCUGCUCUGCAGUUUCCGGAAGCUGCUCAACCCUCACCAGGUCUUUGAGCUGACCAACGGGGGGCCUCUGCCCGGGUUCCACGUGUUCUCCCAGGUGCCCUGCUUCCGGGUGCUGGUGUGUGGUGGGGACGGCACCGUGGGCUGGGUGCUCGCCGCCCUGGAAGAGAUGCGACACCGGCUGGCCUGCCCAGAGCCUGCUGUGGCCAUUUUGCCCCUGGGCACAGGGAAUGACCUUGGCCGGGUCCUCCGCUGGGGGGCGGGCUACAGUGGAGAGGACCCGUUCUCCGUGCUGGUGUCUGUGGACGAGGCUGAUGCUGUGCUCAUGGACCGCUGGACCAUCCUGCUGGAUGCUCACGAGACUGGCAGUGGGGAGGAUGGUGUGGCAGACGCAGAGCCCCCCAAGGUUGUGCAGAUGAGUAACUACUGUGGGAUUGGCAUCGACGCAGAGCUAAGCCUGGACUUCCACCAGGCGCGGGAGGAAGAGCCCGGCAAGUUCACGAGCAGGUUCCACAACAAGGGCGUGUACGUGCGGGUCGGACUGCAGAAGAUCAGCCACUCCCGCAGCCUGCACAGGGAGAUCCGGCUGCAGGUGGAGCGGCGGGAGGUGGAGCUGCCCAGCAUCGAGGGGCUCAUCUUCAUCAACAUCCCCAGCUGGGGCUCGGGGGCCGACCUGUGGGGCUCCGACAGUGACUCAAGGUUUGAGAAGCCGCGCAUGGACGACGGGCUGCUGGAGGUGGUGGGGGUGACAGGUGUCAUGCACAUGGGCCAGGUCCAGGGUGGGCUGCGCUCUGGCAUCCGCAUCGCCCAGGGAGCCUACUUCCGUGUCACCCUCCUCAAGGCCACACCCGUGCAGGUGGAUGGCGAGCCCUGGGUCCAGGCUCCCGGGCACAUGAUCAUCUCGGCCGCAGGCCCGAAAGUACACAUGCUCAGGAAGGCCAAGCAGAAACCCAAGAAGUCCGGGACACCCAAGGAUGUGCGGGCAGAGGGGACACCCGCCCCCGAGGGAGACUCCAAAUAGAGGCAGCCCUGCAGCAACGCCUGGGACAGAUGACUUGGCCCCAGCCCUGACCUCAGGCCUUCCCCACAUGUCCUCACGCCUGUGUCGCACAGAGAUGGCUGGGUGGGCACUGGGCUCCUGGGGGCCCAGGCCACUGUGUCCUUUCAUCACCUCUGAGCCCUGUGAGCUGGGAAGUGCUGGACCUCAUCUCAUACCCCUUAGGUGGUACCCCCGGAUGCCUCCGCAGGGCAGGCGGCCCUCUGGGCCCUGGCUGUGCCCAGAUACGGACAGGGCACCCUAGCCAUUAGCUCUUCGAACCUCACCUCAUCGCCAGGGUGCAGGGGGGAGUCUGGCUGGGCUGGGUCCUGAGCUGGGAUGUGGCCCUGGAGAGAGGAGGGCCCGGAGGAAGCCAGGUGGGCCGAGCCACCCUCCUGGAGACGAGCUCUGUGCCUAGGAGGCAGCAGGGGCAGGCCCGGCCGAGCCCGGAGGCUGAGAGGAGUGUGAACAGGGAGCAGCUUUAAUGACCAAGGUCGACACAGUGCUUUGCUCCUACCUGCCACGUCAAUGCCCGGUUCUGUCUGCUUGGCAGAUGGGACCUGUGUGGUCCCAGUGCUUGUCCACGUGGAAACUCAGGUCAUGGAAUGAAGCCAUGGCUGCCAGGGCCCCUACACCAAGCUCCCGAACCCAGCUGGCCCAGACCGUGGAGGGAACUGACCCCCAUUGAGCAAGCUGCUGGGAAUCCCCCGAGGCCUGGAAGAGGGUCCAUGAGCCCACCCCUCCCCUGACCAUGCUGGUCCUCUGCCACCCUGGGUGGUGGCUUGGCCCUGACACUUGGCCUCAGACAUGGCCCGGCCAGCUUGUGCCCCAAAUGCCCAGACCCGUGCAUCUUAACAGCACCCACCCCCAGUGUCCGACUCACACCCCUUGUGCCCAUCCGCAGGGUGGAGCCAGCGCGCGUCUGCUCUGUGGCCCGUUGGUUGACAGGAACUGUCCGUGAAUAGGGUCUGGGAGGACGUGGCCUCGAGCUAAGCGAGGCUGCGCUCAGAGGGGCUGCAAGGGCGCCCUCCCUCCCUCCUGUGCAACUUCCCACUGCGUGAGGAUGGCCGUGAUUGCCAUCUGGGACAAAUACAGUCUGGGCACCCUGUC